AUGCCUGGUCUCACAGCUCCCUCCGAUUACUCCAACGAGCCCCCUCGCCAUCCUUCCCUCACGAUCAAUUCUAAGGAGCCAUUUAAUGCUGAGCCUCAUCGCUCGGCUCUAUUGUCAUACAUUACUCCUAUCAAUUUCUUCUAUAAGAGAAACCAUGGACCAAUUCCAAUUGUCGAUGACAUCAAAAGGUAUUGUGUUUCUAUAGGUGGUUUGGUGAAGAAUCCUUUGGAGAUAUCUAUGUCAGAAAUCAGGAAGCUUCCUAAGUAUAAUGUUGUUGCAACUUUACAGUGUGCAGGCAAUAGAAGGACAGAAAUGAGCAAAACUCGUACAGUAAAAGGUGUUGGUUGGGAUGUUGCUGCCAUAGGGAAUGCAAUAUGGGGAGGAGCAAAGUUAGCAGAUGUUCUUGAGCUUGUUGGAAUAUCCAAAAAUACUCCAUCCUCCCCACUAGGUGGGAAGCACAUCGAAUUCAUCAGCGUUGAUAAGUGCAAGGAGGAAAAUGGUGGGCCCUACAAGGCAUCAAUACCCUUAAGGCAGGCCACAAAUCCUGAAGCUGAUGUUUUACUUGCAUAUGAAAUGAAUGGAGAGACCCUUAAUCGUGAUCAUGGAUAUCCAUUGCGGGUGAUUGUUCCUGGUGUGAUUGGUGCACGUUCUGUAAAAUGGUUGGACAAAAUCAACAUAAUUGAAGAAGAAUGCCAGGGAUUUUUUAUGCAAAAGGAUUACAAGAUGUUUCCACCUUCAGUUAAUUGGGACAAUAUUAAUUGGUUUACUAGGAAGGCACAAAUGGACUUUCCAGUGCAGAGUGCAAUAUGCUCUUUAGAGGAUGUGGAUGUUGUUAAACCAGGAAAAGUUACGGUCGCUGGAUAUGCUGUAACUGGUGGUGGUCGGGGAAUCGAGAGAGUAGAUAUAUCUGUUGAUUGGGGUAAGACAUGGUUUGAAGCUCAGAGAUAUCAGAGAGGCAAUAUACCACACCAAUCUGAUGAUUUGAACACUGAUAAGUGGGCAUGGGUUCUAUUUAAGGCUGUUGUUGAUGUUCCAGAAAAUACUGUGAUUAUUGCUAAGGCGGUCGACACUGCUUCAAAUGUACAACCAGAAAAUGUAGAGGUCGUGUGGAAUCUAAGAGGUAUUUUGAACACCUCAUGGCACAAGGUCCAAGUGCGGCGAGCCUCACAAGUGGUGAUAUCCAAUCUGUGAAGAUGAACGAGUAUAACAUGACACCCUUCAUC